AUGGAAGGGGAGAGAAGCGUCGUUGUAGGGGGUGGGGGUCAGGUUCUCAUGAGAGUUGAAGGAGUGGUGGAGCUUGGACGUGGAGAGGUAACUGCAGCUCACAGAAUAGUUGCAUAUGGUAUUCCUGCAGAUCUUACUGAUGAAUAUCUUCAAAUUGAAGAAAGCACUGCGAUAGAAAGUCUUAGAGCUUUCGUCAAAGCAAUCGUAGAAGUUUUUGGUGAUUGGUAUCUAAGGACACCAAACGAGGCCGAUACUUGUCAAUUAUUAUCAAUUGGAGAGCAGCAGGCGGUGGCUUCACAAGAUCUUUGGAUAUGGCAUGUCUUUUUUGAAAUGCCUGAAUCAUUAAAUGAUAUUAAUGUUCUUGAUCGGUCACCUAUCUUCGCUGCACUUGCUGAAGGUCGUACUGCUCCUGUCAAUUAUACAAUUAAUGAGCAUGAAUAUACAAUGAGAUACUAUUUAGCAGAUGAGAUUUAUCCUAAUUGGUCAACCUUUGUUAAGACAAUCUCAAGACCAUUAGGAACGAAGAGAAAAUAUUUUCCAAGCAAGCAAGAGUCUGCAAGAAAGGAUGUGGAGCAGGCAUUUGGGGUGCUCCAAUCUCGUUUUGUAAUUGUACGUGGACCUGUUCGAUACUGGGAUGAAGAAAUGCUUGCAUAUAUUAUGAAAGCUUGCAUAAUAAUGCAUAAUAUGAUUAUUGAGGAUGAAGGAGCAAUGAACCUUAGAUUUGACCAUGAGCAUGAAGUCAAUUCCUUUAUAUCAGUGUCACAUGGUGAAAUACCAGAACUACAUGAUUUUCUUCAAACUCAUAAUCGAAUUAGGGAUAGAGCAACUAGAUCUCAACUACAAGAAGAUUUGAUCGAACAUUUGUGGGAACAAUAUGGCAAUGAGUAUAAUCUUUAG